AUGGCACCAAUCAGUGGCCCGGAUCCAUUGCCAAUCUGUACUUGUCCCGUUGGCCUGACAGCAACGCCUCCCAAUGCUGUUAUGGCAUCAAUCCCCAAUAGCAGGUCAAAUCCCAGUUGUUUACCACGCACCACCAACACGUUAAUCUUGGCAGAACCGUGUUCCUCCGUGGAUACGGUUACCGUUCCUACACCGCAACAUGGACGGGACAUGCCUCCAAUAGUCAUAAAGUCCACCGUCACUCACUUCCAAGACCGGCACCGAUCUGCGUCCACAAUCGUCCGUGAACAGCCAGUAUCAAUCAGCGCUGAACACCAAGUUCCGUCGACAAGGAUGUUUGCCACCGGGCGCCGUAUUUACAUCUUGGUUGGGGAAAAGGCUGGUGCUGAUAGCGUUUUUCCUGCCUGUCUAACCUCCCACAUCGAUCAGCGUGUUCUGCGUAGCUAUGGGGCCUUGCUGCCGCACCCGAAACAAGUCACACGAUUCGCGCGUCCACUACAGGGUGGGCGCAACCAUGGUCCACUUUCAUCUCCGGUUGUUGUCAGCACACUCGCUCUUGCUAAAAAACUCCCCAGAGUCAGAGCUUCAAGAUUCGGUGCCUGUCGUUCAAUGGAGAUUGUAUCAGAGAAUCCCCAAACGCCUUUUCAGCGCCCUCGGGCCAAUCCAAUAAGCUACCUGAUUUUGUUCACGUAG